UACCGAGCACAUCCGAAGUCUAAGCUAUAUCCACCACGCAAUUCGCGUCUCGCGUGUUUUUAUCUCUUAUCUGGAAAAAGUUUCAUUUUGUGAUUUAUUUUGUAGUUUUUCAAAUUUACUCGCAGUCACAAUCUCUGUCGAUCCUAAUAGUAAAAGCAACACCUUCAGCGAAUUAUUGUGUAGACUAUUGAUAAAAAUUUAAUUCGAUUGGAAGAAAACCGACAAACAAUAAUCGCGAUACUAUUAAUGGGAGUUAAUUGCACGAAUGUGUGAGUAUCGAAUAAAUGUGAUAGGUGAUACGAAAGUUUUAUCACAAAGAUCAGAAUAAGUAGUAACAUUUUUAGUGUCUGAUCACCGACGGACGAAUCUACUUGCGAUUAAGUAGUUACGCACAUCACCCCAUCGUACAAACGUCAGUGUAAUUAAUAUCAAUUUAUAUAUGUAGGUAUCGCAAUCGUAUUUAAUUAAUGCUUAUUGUCGUAAUGGAUAAUCGAUUCGAGUGAUGAAAAAAACAAAAUAAUAAAUAUUAAUGUCAUCAAAAGCAAUUAGCCUGUUUUUGUGAGCGACAUUAAUUAAAACUCGGAGGAAAAAUAAUUUGACGACGCGAUUUGUGUAAUUGUUUUUUAAUUAAAAAAAUAAUAAUUGUUCUAAAUUAUCAUUAGUAAUUUAUCUUAACUAGUGGCGCAGAGUGAUCUGUCGUGAUAAAAAAAAAAUUAAUUAGUAGAGUAAGCUGGUAUGUGCCAGUAAGUGAAAAAAAUAAUUGUGGAAUCCUAAACAGACGGUUAGGUUGUGCCAGUGAUAUAUUAAUUGAUCAUUGAAACAUUGUGAAUUAUUUUAUUUUAUUUUUCAUGCAAUAGAUAACAGCCUACGCAUGUUGUGCGUCAAGAUAAAAAUAGAAAUAAAGAAGAAGAAGCGGUCAUUUACGUGAAAGUAGAGGUUAAAUACAGGAGAGCAAUCGUGAUCUAGUGAAUAAAUUUAUUUGUGACGGAAAGUCGGUGGGCUUUAAGGCCCACCCAUCUAAUUGGUCAAGCUGGCGAGCGCUUUGACCGCUGGUAUGAACCCCCACCACCCGGGCCACUCAGCAGCAUACCCUCAUCACCCCUCGCUGUCGAGUAGUCCGCACCACCCUGGUGCCGGAGGACCUCAUCACGGAGGAUACGGCACUCCUGGCAGCGGCAAUAGCGGCGGUGGAGCCGGUGGUGCCAGCAGCGGUGCAGGAAGUAAUAGUACCUCGACGCCGGAUCUGCCCAGUCCCCACUCACCUCUAAGUCAUUCAGGCCAAGGUGACCCCGGUACACCCUAUGGUUCCAUGUCAGGCACACCGGGCAUGGGCAGCAAUGGCCAUCUUCACGGUGGCGGGGGUAUGAUGGGUGACAAUCCUCAUCACUCUGUACACACACAUCCUCACUUGCCCGGACAUCCUGCGUAUCCUCCUGUCAACCAUAAUAACAACAAUUGCACCUUAAAGCAAGAAGGACCUCCAGGCGCAACGAAUAUGCAAUUCUGCGCGGGCUGUAACGGCAGGAUAGUAGAAAGAUUUUUACUCCACGCGAUGGAUCGUUAUUGGCACAACAGUUGUCUCAAGUGUAAUUGUUGCCACCUACCUCUGAUAGAUUUGGGCGCAUCCUGUUAUCUCAAAAACAACAUGAUCCUCUGCAAGACCGACUACAUGAGGUUAUAUUGCUCAGGCGCGUGUCAAUCUUGUGGAAGCCCUAUACCAGGAAAUGAAUUAGUAAUGAGAGCGGGUGGCUUAGUAUUUCAUCAAAAAUGUUUCACAUGCAGUAAAUGUGGUAUCCAACUGGUUGCCGGUGACAAAUAUUGUUUAUUGUCCGGCGCGCCAAUUUGCGAAGCAGACUGGCACAAGGUGGUGAAAUCAUCAAACGUUUCGGCAGCGGCAGCAGCUGUUACGGGUAACGGAGGAACUACAGUAAGGAAGGCCAAGGUCGGCCGACCGAGACGAAGCCGCGAAUGAGGCGGCAACCCGGUUGGUCGCCCGAAGAAGGUUCAGCCAAUGACACCAUUGGCCGCGUCCCCAGUCGCUCAGUCCCCGUCAUCUUCGGUCCAGGCUACCUCGGUCCAGGCAUCACCGUCCGGGCUCGUGCACCAGCCUAAUCCCGUCGUUGACGUAGUAGACGUGGGUGUCGGGGGUGAUCCUUAUUCGCCGCCACCACCGGGUCAUCAGCAUCAACACUACCAUCAUCAUCACCAUCACCAGCCGCCGCCACAGAUGGGAAUAGGUCUUCUGGGACUGGCCCACCAUCAUCAGCCGCCGCUUCACCAUCACCUACAGCAUCAGCAGCCUUCUUACCAAGAGUGGGUGCACUGGGGUGAGCCUUGUGACUGAAUUCCUUUUAAUUUACUUUACUCAGUGGUUACUUAGCUCUCAGUGUCUGAGUGAGUGAAUAAUAACUUUAUAAUUAAAUAGAUAAAAAUAAAUAAAUAUAUUAAUAAAUAAUUAAUUAAAUAAAUUAAACAGUGUGUGAUAAAAUGUUACGGUAUCAACAAACACUCAGAGAAGUCUGGUGAUUAAAAUAAAAACUGGCAAACAGAGACCAAGUGAAAAUAUUUUAAUUCAUCGGCGCUCAGAUUUGUGUCUACUUGACGUUCAUAUUAAAUCAUAACUGAUGAAAAUAAAAACAAAUAUGUUGCCAUCAUUUAAGGAGCUUAUUUUUUUUGAUGACCCAUUGAUUAUUAUUGCUAAUAAUUUUUUACAUCACUGAGGAAAUUGUUUAUUUAAUUAAAAUAAUAAAUAAUUUAUAAUUUAAUUUCGGGUUGAAUUAUUUGAAAACAUAAUUCACUGGUUUUAUUGACAAAUAGACUCUUUUCUUAGUGAUAAAAUGGGAAUAACCAAACAAAAAAAGUAACAAGUAAAUCCUCGAACAUGUAAGAAAUAAUAAAAAAUAUUAAAUCAGAGUACUUAUAUUUUUACUUGGAAUUAUCCGCACGUGAUUAGACAGUUGACGCACUUGUCAUGUUUAUAAAAAAGUAAAGUUAAUGUACUAUACGCGAGAGCUAAACUCAAUCCGUGAUUCUGAUUGGUGAUAACUGAGUCACUAAGGCGGAAGUACCUUCGCGUGAUUGUUGCUCAAUUUAAAAAGAACAUUCAACAUUGUUCUUUUAACAUAUAUUUGCUCACUAUCAUUACUUUGUUAUUCCUCUGUCCAUAAAUUACCGCGAUCAUCCCAAAACGACCCUCGAAUCCCCAGUAACCCAACCACUCGACGUUUAAUUUCUGCUUAAUCUUCCAAUCCGUCACUGUCAAUAUUUUUUUUUUUUUAAAUUCACAUUAAAUAUUUACUCCAGUAAAAUAAUAAUAAUUUAAAUUCAGUGCAUGUUAACGAGUCAAAAUAGCCGUCAGGUAUUAUAUAUAUAUAUAUACAUAUGUAUACAUAGAGCUGGAUGUUUUAUGCCGCCAGGUGCGGAAGUACAAAAUUACUCAAAUUAUUACCAUUCAAAAUUACAACACUGGCAGGUGUUUAAGAAACCUUUUGAUUAUUCUCAAAACAAUCUGUCUCGAUAAUUAAAUAACGACAUUUUAAAUGAAAAUCAACAAAAGCGAGCCCUCAGAGAAAAAAAAAGUACGUAAUAAUAAAUGACGGAAUGUAAAUUUAAAAAAAGUCCAAAUGAGUAAAACCCGUGGGCUCUUAGAAAAUUAUUUUUCUUUCAAAAUCAUCGGUCCUUUUACUUGGGCGAGCGCGAAGAGAGACUAAGCUCGUUAGGCGGCCCUUGUUUCCGUGGCCGAGGUUACAGUUAACGAUUAUACCUUUACUAUUAUUAUUAUUAUUAUUUAUUUUCACACAGCCCUCCAAGACCUUGUCCCUACUCAAUAGUCCGCUCGCACUCAGUUCUCUCAAAAACGACCUGGGAAUUUUAAAAAAAAAUCUAAAUUUUGAUUUUUAAUUUUUCUACACAAAAUUAAAACUUAAUUAUUUUCUCAUACACGAGCUCUGUAGUCUUAGUCACGGCAUAAAAAAUUAAAAGUCACUGUACUUAAUUGCACUUUUUUUUUAAAAUACGCGACUCCGCAAGCAAUAAUAUGUUACAUAUAUAAAUAAUUAUAAAGAUGAAAAGUGGACAGAAUUACUCGCGUAUAAAUUAAUAAUAAUAAUAAUAAUAAAUAUAAAAUGAGUCAAUUUGAGGUAAAUAAAAUAGACAAUGGUAAGUAAAAAUAAUAAAAUUGAUCUCGAUAAUAUGAAAUUUUAAAAAUCAAUGUAUCCAUGACACUAUCAGAUAACUUUAUCGUCGUAAUUAAUAAUUAAUCUAAUCAUUUAUUAUUUUUUAUAAAAUUCUACUUUAUUUUAAAUAUUUUUAUUUUGAAAAGUCGACGAUGAAGUCAGGGCGGGAAUUAUCGGACACUUGAACAAAUAUAUAUAACAAGUAUGAGAACAGGGUUACAGCUAAUUGUUACAUUAAUAUGUAAUCUUUGUACCAUCAAUGAUAUUUUGUUUUAACAUCAAAUGAAACUUGACAGUAACGCAGUUUAUUAAUAUGAAAAUUUAUGUUUAAGCAAAAAAAAUGAAAAUAGAAAUCGUUUUUCUAUAAUUUAUAAGUGUAUUUUGAGAAACUGAUCGUUCACUCGUUUUGUUCCUUAGCAAAUUGUCUUCAUAAAGUUCCGCAUACUGUUGAAAACAAUGAAUGCAAAUGAGUAAAUCAUUUAAUGAAAUAAAAAUAAAAUAUGUAAGAGGAUGAUGAGAUGGCGGCGAGUUUGCCAGCUGGCUAAAAAAAUAUCAGGUCAAUUUUCUAUAGUCAAUAAUCUUGAAAAAAAAAAAAAAAUCACUACAGUAAAAUAUUAAUAUCUUAAAAAAUAAAUGUUGGCCUGAUUUUAUAAAU